GGCGAUGAAAAGUAGUUAGAGACACCGAGCGAUGGGAGCGAAUUCGAAAACAGUAACGGCUUCCUUCACCGUCAUCGCCGUUUUUUUCUUGAUUUGCGGUGGCGGAGCUGCGGUGGAGGAUGAGACCGAGUUUCAUGGCGACUACUCGAAGCUGUCGGGUAUAAUCAUUCCGGGAUUUGCGUCGACGCAGCUACGAGCGUGGUCGAUCCUUGACUGUCCAUACACUCCGUUGGACUUCAAUCCGCUCGACCUCGUGUGGCUUGACACCACUAAGCUUCUUUCUGCUGUCAACUGCUGGUUUAAGUGUAUGGUGCUAGAUCCUUAUAAUCAAACAGACCAUCCCGAGUGUAAGUCACGGCCUGACAGUGGUCUCUCAGCAAUCACAGAAUUGGAUCCAGGUUACAUAACAGGUCCUCUUUCUACUGUCUGGAAAGAGUGGCUUAAGUGGUGUGUUGAGUUUGGUAUAGAAGCUAAUGCAAUUGUCGCUGUUCCGUACGAUUGGAGAUUGUCACCAACCAAAUUGGAAGAGCGUGACCUUUACUUUCACAAGCUCAAGUUGACCUUUGAAACUGCUUUAAAACUCCGUGGCGGGCCUUCUAUAGUAUUUGCCCAUUCAAUGGGUAAUAAUGUCUUCAGAUACUUUCUGGAAUGGCUGAGGCUAGAAAUUGCACCAAAACAUUACUUGGAGUGGCUAGAUCAGCAUAUCCAUGCUUAUUUCGCUGUUGGAGCUCCUCUUCUUGGUUCAGUUGAGGCAAUUAAAUCUACUCUCUCUGGUGUAACGUUUGGCCUUCCUGUUUCUGAGGGAACUGCUCGGUUGUUGUCCAAUUCUUUUGCCUCUUCAUUGUGGCUUAUGCCAUUUUCAAAGAACUGCAAGGGUGAUAACACAUUCUGGACGCAUUUUUCUGGGGGUGCUGCAAAGAAGGAUAAGCGUGUAUACCACUGUGAUGAUGAGGAAUAUCAAUCAAAAUAUUCUGGCUGGCCGACGAAUAUCAUUAACAUUGAAAUUCCUUCCACUAGCGUUACAGAAACAGCUCUAGCCAACAUGACCAGCAUGGAAUGUGGUCUUCCCACCCUAUUGUCUUUCACAGCCCGUGAACUAGCAGAUGGGACUCUUUUCAAAGCAAUUGAAGACUAUGACCCAGAUAGCAAGAGGAUGUUACACCAGUUAAAGAAGUUGUAUCAUGAUGACCCUGUUUUUAAUCCUCUGACUCCUUGGGAGAGACCACCUAUAAAAAAUGUAUUUUGCAUAUAUGGUGCUCAUCUAAAGACAGAGGUUGGUUAUUACUUUGCCCCAAGUGGCAAACCUUAUCCUGAUAAUUGGAUAAUUACGGAUGUCAUUUACGAAACUGAAGGUUCCCUUGUGUCAAGGUCUGGAACUGUGGUUGAUGGGAAUGCUGGACCUAUAACUGGGGAUGAGACGGUACCCUAUCAUUCACUCUCUUGGUGCAAGAAUUGGCUCGGACCUAAAGUUAACAUAACAAUGGCUCCCCAGCCAGAACACGAUGGAAGUGAUGUACAUGUGGAACUAAACGUUGAACAUGAGCAUGGGUCAGACAUCAUAGCUAACAUGACAAAAGCGCCGAGGGUAAAGUACAUAACCUUUUAUGAAGACUCUGAGAGCAUUUCGGGGAAGAGAACUGCAGUCUGGGAGCUUGAUAAAACAAAUCACAGGAACAUCGUUAGAUCUCCAGUUCUGAUGCGGGAGUUAUGGCUUCAGAUGUGGCAUGACAUUCAGCCUGGUGCAAAGUCCAAAUUUGUCACCAAAGCCAAGCGUGGGCCACUUAGAGAUACGGAUUGCUACUGGGAUUACGGGAAAGCCUGUUGUGCUUGGCAAGAAUACUGUGAAUACAGAUACAGUUUUGGGGAUGUUCACUUAGGACAAAGUUGUAGAUUGAGGAACACAUCUGCUAAUAUGCUUCUCCAGUACAUAUAAACUUCCUCGUUCAGGUCACAUUACUUCUCUCUUUUCUCACACUUAACUCUCUCUUUAUCGUGGAUAUUGGAUUUCAUACAAACAACAAACUUUAACCAUUUUUUCUUCUCUUUUGUAAUUUGUUACAGCAAAAUAACCAUUCCUGACUCUU